GGGGAAAUGUCGCUUUUCCGCCUUAACGUCGGUUAUUUAGGGGAAAUGUCGCUUUUUCCCCCUGACGUCGUGUAUUUGGGGGAAAUUUGUCGACAGUUCUACGUAACGUACAGUGUUUGAAUGAACCGCAUCUGGAACUGAAUUUUUCAUAAACUUCGACAAAUUUAUUCACCGCCAAUUAAAAAAACCAAAGUAUUUUCCUAAAAACAAUGUACAAAAUACGGAACCAGGCUUUCGGUUGAUACGCAUAUACAGUGACUUCGUUUGUUGUUUAGUUAAAGUGUUCCGACAUGCUUUGGAGCCAUCACAAAAAACUUACGUGAUGCAGGUGAGUGACGUGCUCUCAGGACUUUAGGUUCAUUGUGACUGAUUACCUUCUUAGGCCAAUAAUAAGACUUUUUCUGAUAUCAGUGAGAAUGUUCGUAGACGUAGGGCAACUGUGAACUUGUCACGUUCCCUUGGUUGUCACAGAACCACUUAUAAUCGGAGGUGGAAUAAAAUGAGAGCUGCUUUCAUGAAAAAAUAUCACUUUCCUUCGGUCAGUGAGUUUGCAAAUGAAAGCACCGUAAAAGGUAACUGAGUUUAACAAUGUUGUUUACUUAAUUGAUAGAAGUAAAGAGAGAAGUCAGUUGUAAUGAAAGUACUUCGAUUAGUACACCGUCCACUAGCAACAUCAAUCAAAGGCUUCCAGCUAAUAGUGGUAUGAACAUUAAAUUUGUACGUGAAUAUAUAUCUUAUAGGAUGUACUGAAGUGAACUUGUGCUCUACAAAGUUGGUGAAUCGCAAAGAACAGAUGAACGACUUUAUGAUGUAUCUAAUGUCAAAUACAUCACUGAGCAUAAAAGAUGCUGAUCGGGUUCUGUAUGGUCUAAGAUUUCUUAUCCCGGACAUACCGAAAAGCAUCAGAGGCGUUUUGAAGACAUGUCCAAGUGUUCAACCCAAGUUCAUCGGCAGUGGGGUUUACUACCAUCUAGGAUUGAAAACCAAUCUGCUAAGAUACGUUGAGCUUUGGUUGUGUACUAUUGAUUUUGACUCUUUAAAGUUAUAUGUCAAUAUAGAUGGACUUUCUAUGUCUAGAAGCUCCAAUCAACAGUUAUGGCCUAUACUUGGACGGAUCAUUGCCCCUCGGCUUAGUGACGUGUUCAUGAUAGGGAUCUACGGAGGGAAUAGUAAGCCGGCAGAAUUCAACGAAUUUUCUGCGGACACAAUUUCUGAAAUAAAAGAAAUGACUGACGUGGGUCUUUUUAGUGUUAAGUUUAAUAAAUGUAUAGCUAUUAGGUUGGCGGCUGUUAUAUGUGACGCACCUGCUCGUUCUUCUGUUAGGUACACGGUGAAUCAUAACGGUAAGGCAGGUUGCGAUAGGUGUACUGUUCCUGGGAGACGACUGGAGGGUAAGAUGACCUUUCCAAAUGGGGUAUAUACUGUAAGAACAGACGACACCUUCCGUCGUCAGACUCAGCCAACUCACCAUCAAGGACAUUCUAUAAUGGAAACGCUUUCUAUUAAUAUGAUUGUAACUUUUCCUCUAGAUCCUAUGCACAUGGUGUACCUUGGUGUUACCAAAAAACUAGCUAAUUUAUGGAUAGAUUUAGCACGCCGAAGACUGCGGAACUUUAACUCAUGUGCAAUUCGGGACAUAAAUAAUUUAAUAUCUGGUUGUGUGGCAAGUACUCCUUCUGACUUUCCCCGUAAAUGCCGCACACUAGACUUUGUAUCGGCAUGGAAAGCUUCUGAAUGUAGAUUGUUCCUUCUGUAUUUAGGCCCGGUGAUUCUUGAAAAAACAUUGCCACAACCUUUUUAUCUUAAUUUUCGGCGUUUAGCGUUAUCCAUGUAUCUGCUUGCACAUCCACAAUUACAUAAAAGUGUUGUAGAAACCGCCAAAAUAGAUUUAGUAAACUUCCUGAAUGAAUACGAAUGGUGUUAUGGGUGUGAAAACUUAGUCUACAAUGUGCAUUCGUUACAGCACCUCCCUGACGACGUUCGUGCACAUGGACCUUUAGAUAGUUUUUCAGCCUUUCCAUUCGAGUCUUAUAUGAGAAAAAUUAAGGAUUCCGUGCGUAGUGGGUUUGCAGUAGCUAAGCAAGCAGCACAGCGUUAUGCUGAGAGAAUGUCCUUCAGCGAUAGGCUUCAAAUUAGUGGUUUAACAAAUACUACCGCAAUAGGCCAUAAUGAUGUCUCCACUAAACAAGUAAUUAUGUUUAACAACAGUAAAAUAACUUCAUGCCAGCCUGAUAAUGUAGUAGUAGUUAACGGCCAGCCAGGUUUAGUCACUGAUAUAAAGGAGGAUGGACUACUAAAAUUUAGGACUUUCACUGACCCACGCAAUUACUUUGAAGAUCCUUUCCCAUCUAGUGAUAUUGGAAUCUUUAUGUGCUCCGUAGUUAGCCACGAAUACUCCUGGGUAUCGGUUCAGGACAUUGAUUGUAAAUGUAUAGCCAUAAAUUGUAUCAAUUAUAUAGUUGUAAUCCCAUUGUUGCAUACUUUAUUGUAAAUGCAUUUUGUUUCAUUAGUGUUUAAGUAAUGAUGAUAAAUCAUUUACUUACGUCUUAUGUUCUUUUCAGCCCACUAACAAGAAAUACGUUAUUGUUGACGUCCUACAGGAAAAACAACUUAUGAUAGCAUCAAAGGACUGGAUAGUUGGCAAUGACCUUUGCCUUCUUCCGAACGAGCUGGUCGAUAUACACCUGCAGAAGUGCGACCAACCGAAUGAAAAUUGGUCGCUUAUGAAAUGUAAAGUGAUUCACGAAUUAGGUAGGCUACAUACACAGAAAGUAUAAUUCACUAUAGAUUCUCUGCAGUCAGCAAAAGACCUGUUAGUUGCCCUACAGGUACUGGAAUGUCAACGGAAAAACACCUCUACGGAUGAAAACACUUUGCCACUGAACACUGAGAAGCCAAAGAGGUCUGUACAAUAAUCUUACUUACAUUUCCUAGAGGUUUAAUGAAGCGUAAAGAAGAUUUUCUUUACAAUUCAGUUGACAUGGAUGUGGCUGAAAUGCAGGCUGGGAAUAGCCGCGUACAAUAUCCAAAAUUCCGUGUUUUCGACAAAGUGAUAUCGCCAAUCGCCAAGUACGUUUAAUUACUAUUUAGAUAUUCACUAUUUAGUUCAACACAAUUAGAGAUAUCACCAUCCACAUCGCAAUGUAAGCCUGUUGGUGGCACUGUAUUGGACCAGUAAGUAACCUACAUCAUCUAGUUACCUUUUUCACCUGUGAUAGAUUGUAUACUGUGGUGCUGAAGAUGUCGUCAGCUAUCAAUGACUUGACUAAAACGAUUAACAACAUGUCGUCCGCCAUUAUGGACUUGAAUGUUAAUGUUAACCAAUUGCUUUCAAAGUCUAAUGAGCGCGAAAGACCGCAUCAAUUCGAUUGCGGACUGUCAAGUCAGCAGUUCCCUUUGUCAUCUGAAGAGGAACUACAGAUGCUAGAUACUGGUUUGUCGCAGAAAGAAACCAGGGACAGAUUUGUAAGUCAUUUACAUGAAUUGAAUAAUUUGUUACUAUUACAGAUGGCAAUGGUCACUAGGUUAUCAGGUGACGAUCCAAAACGUCCAUGCGUUUUAUUCUGUCGCAUCUGCUGACACCGGAGGUUGCCAGUAAAUUCACGUUACUUGGCACCUCUUCAAAACGAGCACUACAGAAAUGCACGUUUUACAGCUGCAUACGAAGUAACCUAUAUCUAUUACUUAAACUUCAGGUGCCUUAACU